AUGGCUCAUAGUCAAUGUGUUCAGAAGAUGUCUCAUGUUGAUGGGAGCUUGAAAGUUGAUUCAAUCGCUUCGAUCCAAUCGGCAGAUCAGUGCGGCCCCUUGGAGCCUCUUCUAGAGCAUGAGUGGAGAUCAAAUGAAACAGAAGGUCUUUUCGUGCCUCAGGACUUGUUCAGCAUUGCCUUGACCCCGAGGUUCAUUUUUUUGCAUGCACUGGAAGAUGCGCGAAUCUGUACAAAACUCAUCUUCCUCACCACGUGUUUCACUUCCAUCCCAACCAUACGCACAACCUCUUGUCAGCUCAAUGCCACCGAUGCUGACGCUGAUGCAAAGCUGGUCUACAGCCUGGACAACAAGCAUGGCCGAGAGGGGAAUCGCACGUUUGUCGUCACUCCGGAAGGUGGGGUUCGGCUGAUGGAGGGGCUCGACUACGAGUCCCGCACAGCCUAUCAACUACGAAUCCUAGUUACGGACUCCAGGUUCACCGAGCGCACCACACUUCACAUCCACGUAAUCGAUGUCAAUGAUGAGGUACCACAGUUUGCGCUGAGCCAAUCGCAGAUCGUGGUGCAGGAGAACCAGAAGGCCAGACAACUGGUAGCCGAGGUAAGUUCGCUCUGA